AUGUCCGCCUGGGAAGGGAAACGGGAAAACAACGGCGGCAAUGACUGUAGCAGCACUCGAACAGCCUGCGAAGGAGGGGCCGAGGAAGGGGAAGGAGACAAGUACGUCCAGCCACGGACACCAACGUCGCGCGCCGUGGUGUCUAUUCCACGCGAGCUGUCACACACGCCUGCCAUUGCUGGGUUGUCGCCUACGGCCCAGACGCCGUUUAUUCAGCGAUGCCAUAUGCACCGCGGUGACAACAACACGACCGACAACAACGAUGGCCAUCUCCAGCGGCCGUUGGAACAGAUGACUAUCGUAUUUGAGCAAGAUGGUCUGCAGCUCACAACGACGAGUCUGUUAGGUAAAGGCGGCUUUGGUCGUGUGUACGCGGCGCGGUCAAAUGGCGGCGAGUUGUACGCGUUAAAGGCCUCCGCAAAGAAAAUGACAGAGGCUGACUGGUCUCGUCUCCGUAAGGAGGUGGAGCUAAUGAGUCACUUCUCACGGCACCCAAACGUGGUGAGGUUCAUCGCCGCCGGGCGUGACGAGGAAAGCGCGUACGUCGUGAUGGAGUGUUGUGCCAGCCGCUCGCUCCACGACGUCAUCGCCAAUCACGGUUUGGAUGUGCCGGAGAUUCUCUGGGUGGGGUGGGCGCUAGUGGACACGAUUGCCUUUAUGCACUCCAAGGGCUGCAUCCACCGCGAUCUCAAGCCACAGAACCUUCUUUUUGACUUUGAUGGGAACCUGAAAAUCACAGACUUUGGCCUCUCCAGUCGGGUGGCGGAGGCACAACCACGCAAGACGGUUGCGGGCACCGCCAUGUACAUGGCGCCAGAGAUUGCCGAAGCGGUUUACAAGCGCAUGAGUAACUCAACCGAUCAGCAGCCGCUCCAGUACGGCCAGGAAGUGGAUACCUGGAGCAUCGGUGUCGUGCUAUACGUCAUGCUGACUCGCAUGAACCCGUACGUGGAGACAAUGGAAAGGCGAGGGACACGUGACAUGGACAAAACGCAAAAAACCCUGAGCCUCUUCAACGCCGUCGCGGAUGCGGCGUGGAGUUGGCCAACAGGGUGGUCAGGCGACCCGGAGAUCUGCGACAUUGUGAACCGGGCACUUCACCGGGACGCCAGCAAACGGGCCUCGCUGCAGGAGCUGUUGCAUCACCCCGUCUGGAAUCGACGUCCGCUGUCGUGUCCACUCUCCCUCCUGUACAAGUUGAAUUUAUUGGAACGCCCUGCUUCUUCCGCCUCCCGCCACGCCUCCACGCGCCGUUCAUUGAGUCGUGUUGCAGAAAAUCUUCCAAUUCCUGCUACGAAAAAGACUGCAGAUGAUGUGCUUGUGGAAGGAAUGCGACGCGUCCUCUUGACCGAGCAACGGGCCCGCGCAAAUCUGGUGCUGGAGCACCAUGAAACGUUACGUGUCCUUGUGGAGUUGUUGAAGCUUUCACGUGGGGAGGCGGAUGUGAGACGAAGCAUUGAAGAGAAUGAAAGGCGGCACCGCACUGUGGUGCAAAAUCAAAGUCUAACGCGUCAAAACAGACGUAGGGGGAGUGAGGCACUUGUGUCGUCAUCCUCUGGGGCAGACGUGGCGGCGGAAAGUGGACCUGCGACGCGCGCCUCACGCGUGCAUAGGCAGUCAAGCGUCAUGUUGGUGGCGCAUGAGGGUGCGCCGGAGGAGGAGGCGGGACGCAUUGUCCGUGCCUCCCCGGACAAGUAUGCCAUGGUGUAUCCAGGUCGAGAAACUGCCACACGGUGGUCGUUGCGCCCCGUGAUUUCGCUUCCCCGCGAACUUAACAGUGAGAUAGAAGAGUUCAAGUGCUUGAACAAUCACAUCAUGACAAAGCUGACAGCCAUGCCUCAUGGGUACAAUGGAUUUGAUUGUAACGUUUGUGACCGAGAGAUUCUUAAGAUCACCCCCGAGACUCCCGCCUUCCGCUGCUAUAAGUGUGAUUAUGAUCUCUGUAUGCGGUGCGCCUACCAAGGACGCCUCAAGGACGUGAAUUUUGUAUGCGUGUCAUGCGCCAAAAAGUUUACCUCCUCUGCCAAGCUGCAGGCACACUCGCUACAGUGCCGUGGGCCUAGCUGGAGUCCAUCCCCACGCCGUUCCUCACGUAUGAACACGAUGCUAUGGGAGGAGGCGGAAACACAUCGUGGCAGUCUACUGGAAGUGCGACUUCCUGGUGACCCAAGGCCCCGGCCAAGCGGACGUCAGUCUGGACGCAGCUCCACAGGACGCGCCUCCUCUGGUGGACGCAUUAGCGUAGGUGACAGCCAUGUCGCUUCCCCAGAGGAUGUGGGGGCGAUGGUGGUGGCACACCGUGAUGCCUCCUUCCCAGAUAUGCCCAAUUUAGCCUCCACGCAACGACAGGCGGGGAGCGGUGGGCGGCGAGGGUCCGGCGGAUUAAGAGGAGAGGGUCGUGCGGAGACCAAUGGCAGUUUUUCCUUUGAGCUUCCACCUGAAAUUCGUCUGUCAAGGCAAACGAAAAGGGAGCGAGUUCAACCACGAAGUUCUGCAGAGAUGCAGGACAUGAUAGACGUGGCGUCCUCUCCAGUUAAAAAGAAGGAACGCACCGAUACGCGAGUAGGGGAACCGAGGGAGGAGGAGGAGGAGGUGUCUGCUGCAUCUCCUUACAAAGUGAACGACAAAGGGGAUAUUAUUGGUAUAGCUGCUCAGCAUCGAGCUGCAAGAGAAGCCAGUCUUCAUCAGCAGCAAGGCCAAGGCCAAGGCGUUAUCGUCAUUCGAGCCGAUACGGCUUCCAAACCACCAGAGAUGUCUAGGCAGCCCCGAGUCCCACGCAGUGCUUCUUCGAGUCGUUCUGCGGGGGCGAAGCCUGUGCCGGCAACGAACGCGGCUCCAAAGACGAUUCAGCCUCCCUUGGCGCAAGUGACGCGAACAGUCAGACCUAUUACCACGAACAUCACGAUCACCGGCUGUGAUGCCGCUCAAGUGUCAAAGAUGCCACAAACGGGGCGUCAACCCUCUGCUGGUGGUGUGAUGACAGUGCAUGGUGGGCCCCCGCUGCCACGUAGAGGACCUGGUAUGCCACAGAACACACCAUACCCGGUGCCACAAGCCGUUCCACCACCGAACUUUCCUGCACCGCGUCAACCGUCCCACCCGUUGGUGCAAUCUGGCAGUGGCACGCGUCCACAUGCUGGGAGCCAUCUUCUCCCUGGUGGCAGUAAUGCGUUUUUGGCGCUCCCCCGUGAGGAACAGAAUAGACAGCGGUUUGUUGACGAAUUUCUUAGUGGUGGAUGGGUUCGCUUCUACUCCUUCACCAACGAGGAGACGGUAGUGAUGUAUUACUGCGCACAACCCGGCAGGUAUGGCGCCAUGUUUCCAACAGAAGCCGGUGUGGGCACGGCGGUGGUGGACGUCCACUCUAGAUUGGUGUUGUAUGUGCCAUGCAUGAACAAUGAGAGCACAAAUCGCAGCCAGCCGCAUCCGCAUGUGCAGACGUUUUACGACGAGGACGUGCGACUGCUCAGCGUCUCCGAGGCACAACGGUAUCUAGGCGGCGUGUUAGACAGCAUUAUGGGGUUUGUGAAUGAGGUUGCACGACUUCGCGCGGAGGGAUUGACACCGGCGGCCGUUCACGCGGCGUACAUUCAUCAGCGUGAUAAAAGCGCCGUGCCCAAGGACACAAAGUUCGUCUAUGUGCGAAAAGUGUUCCCAGACCCCUCUGGCUCCUUCACACUCUUCCGUCUCUCCAACCUCCGCUCACAGGUGGUGUGCAACACCCUCAUGGACAUUCGCUGGCAGAGCGAUAGAAGACACAACGUUGGGCAAAAGUACUACGUUCUCGCAGACGGUACGGCGGAGCCGUUCGUCGUGGAUCACACGGGCAUCCUCACGCAGGUCGAGACAGUACUGAGCAACAAUUUCCGCCGCUGA